CCGAGCAAGUAGAAAAAAGGGGACAAGGAGAAUGGCAACUGAUAAUAAAGGGCCGUUGGUCCCUAAUGUUUCGUCAGUCGAAAGUCGAACUGCGAGUGGGGCGGUUUACUAUAUACACGCGCGAGCUGCUGCUGCACGUUAAAAGGGAAAUCAGAAGAAGAAAAAGAAUUGGUUUUAUUUACGACAGGCCCUCUCGCGAUACACAGUCGUAUCACGGCCGUGGUGUUGCAAUCUGCAUCCACAAGUUAUCCGACCGCGUGACAACCCCAAAAACUCUAUCGUAAGUCGUUACGUAGUAUGUACGCUGGUUUCGUUUUUGUUGCCCAAUCAACGCCCCGUUGCGUCUCUCCCGGCUCGCCAACAUUUUCAAAGCUCAUCUGAAAAAACGCGUUCAUAGUGCGGUUUGCCUUCAAGGCAAUAGUAAAGGUUACUACCUUAUCGUCGUCGUGUGCUGUUAGCCUUGGCGCACCAUCGAAGAGAAAAUCAACUAGACGAGAAGAAGAAGAAGAGAAAGUCUCAACACAGGCCCAGGGGCGAUCCGCCACUCGAUUCCUCCGGGCUCUUCUUCUUACAGUUCAGUUCCGCGUGGGACCCCAAACUAGGAACGUCGUCUCAGUCGUGCAUCAAUUUUUCAAAGGGUUGGAAAUCUUGUGUUAGUAUCUGGUUUAAACUUGCGACAUUCUAUGAUGGCCAUCAAAUGGUUGGUUGCCAUCGUUACGUUACUCUGUGCGGCCCAGUUCAACGACGGGCAAAAUCUACUUUCCAAACCGGAUUCGCAAUUGGACUGGCAGAUUCCUCUGACCAAAUGCUGCGCCAGUGAGAACGAGUUCUACUCGCUGGGAUUCGACACCUGCACCCUGAAUGGAGAAAUGAAUUUCAACUGGCCGCCACCGGUGUACUCGGCUAGGACCAACGAAUCUGUCAGCGCCGGUUCGGCCCGAUUCUCGUUGACUUUUAAUCUGUCGACUUGCACGUCCGGUUACGCCAGCCAGAGCACCAGAGACUUCCGCUUGUACACGGACGGAUCGGCCGUGAUCUCAUCAUCGGGGGAGCGGCUUCCAGCCAAUUCAUUCUGCCUCAACCAAAUUUCUUCGGGAGAAGUUGAUGCGGCCGAAUUCGCCGUUCGCCACUGCGCCAUCGAUCCGUGCAAUCAAACCAACUGCAUCCGCAAGUGCUGCCCGUUGGGGAUGGCGCUCAACACUACGACGCAAUUGUGUCAAACGUACAACGAGCCGUUCGCCCUGGAAUUCCGCAACGUGACGGGUCACGUCGUCACGCCCAACCCGUCGUCGUACCUCAUCCGCCAAGGAGACGUUCCGAAAUGUCAACACGGCAUGUUUCCCCUCUCGCCCAAUACCAAUCCCGAAGAUGAAUUUUACGUUCUGCCCGACGGCCAGAUUUACCUUCCCUAUUAUCCGGAAAACGACAGGUACACCCGGGAUUAUUGCAUUGACGACUUUUCCAGCGAAGAAGGCAUUUACCGGCAAGCACUUUUGUGUUUUCCUCCGCAACCGGAAGAGUCGGCAGAUAACCAACUGGUGUUGAAGGUGUUCCCUUAUUUCCUCUUUCUCUCGUCACUUUUUCUGACUGCCACGUUCGUCGUGUACGCCAUGAUUCCCGAGAUAAGAAACAUUCACGGUGUGACAAUCAUGUGUCACGUUGCAUCGCUAGCCGUCAUGUACAUUGGUUUAUGCGUUAUCCAAUUGGGUCCCCAGUUGCCGGACGGUGUCUGCGUUGGAUUAGCCGUGAUUGUUCAUUUUACAUUUCUUUCAACAUUUACCUGGCUGAACGUCAUGAGUUUCGACAUUUGGUGGACUUUCAGUCCGUUGAACUCUUCGACCAACGCCAAAGCGGUGGCCGUGGCUUUCUGGAUGCAAACGCUCGCCAAUCAAACGACGAGCUCCGCUUCAUCGUCCCCCAUCACCGAUGAUGAUGAUUGCGCAAAGGAGAAUUCAGAUCAAGACUCGGGUCCGAAUAAAAGCUUAAUUUCGAGCUGUGACUUGCGGCCACGUAAUUCCAGACACGGGCGCCAGCAUUUGGGUCGCCGCAUCAUCUUUUACUCGAUUUACGCUUGGGGUGUUCCCUUUAUUAUCGUCCUCGUCGGCCAAGUUCUCGACCAUUUGAAAAAUCUCCCGCAACACAUCGUCACCCCUGGAUUUGGCGAAGUCAAGUGCUGGUUUUUCGAGAAAGAGGCUUUCUUGGUCUACCUGUAUGGCCCCAUUGCCGUUUUGAUUCUGAGCAAUAUCGUCUUCUUUGUCAUGACGGCCGUCCUCCUCUACCGGGCCAGCGUCGACGCCGCUUUCGCUGUCAACAGUGCACACGCCAAGCAAAAGUUCCGUGUGAUUUUCAGUCUCUUCAUCCUGAUGGGCGUGUCUUGGAUGAUGGAAGUGAUCUCAUUCGCCGUCGGAGGCUCGGCUUACAUUUGGAUCCCGACCGACAUCCUCAACAUUCUGACGGGCGUCUUCAUCUUCGUCAUUUUCGUUUGCAAGCCGAACGUGUGGAAGUUGCUGAAACUCAAAUGCCCGUGUCUUAAGCGGCUGGACGGCUGCUGCCCGUCGUACAUGACCCGCUCCAACACCCGACAGGGCACCACCACACGCAGCACCAUCAAAGAAGUGUCGCACACUAAAUCGUUGAAUAAUCUGGGCGGCGGUGGCGGCGGCCAUCAGCUGGACGCAGAUUCCAAGAAGAAAAUCCGAAUGGAUGCCCCGACUCAGUCGACGCAGUUACGUGACUCGACUCAAGUCGAUUCCGGUGAUGAGAUGAUGAUCGACCACGAAUCCAUCAGAAUGGCCUGAAAAUAGGAACGCUAUAGAGGAAUUCAGGCUUCAAUUCAAUUCACGCUAAUCGCUGUUAAUUGUAGCCUGGGAGAGAGACAUGAGAUGGACAGACUCACAUUCGAUCAAAGUGCAAAGCAUUUUGAUUCGCACUUUCCUGUUGCCAAAAACAAAACAAAAAAACAAAAGACAAAUCAAUGUCGUCUAUAAUUUAAUAAGUCACGAGCAUCAAUGUCUAAGUGUAUCCAGACCACAUUCACACCCUAUACGUAUUUUGAUCAUGUUAAGCCGAUAGCUGUACAUAUUAUUUGUUUGCUGGAUUUGUGUCAGAAUGUUUCGUUGUUUCGCUUUCGCCCUGCUGAUUGUUUUCCCCCACAUUUCCCAUCAUCAGUCAAAAUGAAAAAUUCAUCGCAUGCCAUUUGUUUCUCCGUGCGCGUUGUUUCAGUGUUCCACAUUACCAUUUGAAUAGAAUACACACACACACACACACA